AUGUCUUGGGAAGAUUUCUUGAGAGACUUUUCAAACUAGCCAGUACUUGGUCCUAUGUUUGGUCUCUACUACAAAUUCAUGAAUAUCAAACGUUACGAUCACAUGCCUUUCUAUUUCUAUCCCUAUGCAAGACAGUGGAUCUCCUUCGAGGACACCUUCCUUACUUUCAUCGAUUGGCUUGUUGAUGCUCAUGAGCAAGAGAGAAAUAAAGCAGAUGCUAAUAGAUCUUUCUACCAAAGAUCAUAUUAUGUGUUUGACAACUAUCUAAGAUAUCAAAACGACACUAUGGCCAAUUUAAUGUUUGACACAUAAGCAAGAAAGGUUGAUUAUGAUAGAUAUAACUCUUUGCUAGGUCGCAAAAAUUUAUAGUUCUAUGCCACUAUGUCAACUAUUCAUUCAGUUUCUUUCAUGUAUUUGGCUUACUUCUUCAGAUUCAGAAGAGUUAAGUUCCUCCCAGCUGUUGCAAUCAGCUCAGCCUAUUACUACUAUUUUGAGAAGACCAACAAUAUCGCAUACAAAUUAAUAGUUGACAAAAAUAUGAUAAGCUUGGCAAGAGAGUUAGGCCACGAAAAACAUAUUCAACCAGUUGGACAUCUUAAAAAUAGAGGGCUCAAUUAUGUCUGA